CUCUCUCUCUCUCGAUGGAAAAAAAGAACUCAACUCUCUUUCCGUAUCAUCCGAGCAGACGGAACUGGAAUGAGGAAUUCGCGCUCAGUCGCCCUGGCUCGUAUUCUCGUUGACUGCAGUGCCAUGCCAUCCUGCCAAGAGAGAGAGACAGAGAAAGGGAGAGAAUUCCACCGACUUGAUCACACUUUGCCUGUGUUUGGAAUAUUCAGAUUUAGUCCCACGAUCACAUUUCCGCCUUUCCUGAUAAAGCGGAUUUGUACUCGAUGAACUGGGGGACUGCGUGCCGAUGGAUCCUUUCACUGCCGUGGGCUGGCAAUUCCCCAGCACGCAAGGACGGUGAUUCGAGCCUAGGUUCCUCGCAAGUGAUCUGUCCUUUCCUGCGCAUGGGUAUACUUAGCUCUCUAGCCUCAUGGCUUUGCUGUUCGCCACCCAUCUCCAGGCACACGCAUUGGCGUCGCAAUGGAACUGCAGGCAAGUCUAAUUCACUCUAGCAAGGUGCCCCUUCCCCCGUAGCGGGCUCAGACGUCGAUCCGCUUCGGACGGGUCAUGGUCGUCGCUGUCCACGUAUCAUAUUGGCAGCCGCGCUUCUCGCUUUCGCAUAACGCCGACGUCCCUACGGUAAGGUCUCAAUGGACGCUUUCGCCACAUGCCGACUGCAGAAUCAGACUUUUCUCAGCCUCUACCCAGGGGGAACGCCAGUGGCGGGUCCGAGACGCCCUGAUAUUGGCCCAGCAUACAUCUUACUGUCGUGCUCAGUAGGCUUCUGUUAAUCUGCGACAGCCUCAAGAGAUAUCUGCCUGGACUGUGGAACCCACAGGGAACCGCCGGAUUCUCUUUGAAGAAACCUCCUCACCUCAUUGCUCAAAACCGAUGAUAGGAUGCAACGUCCCCUUCGAACUCUGUGUGAAGAAAAGCUAUAAAAGCCCGUCAGAAAAAUUGCUGAACGACACAACCGAGAUCUGCAGACAUAUUUGAUGAGACAAUGCCUACCAGGAAUGGGUUGAAUCAACUACAGGAGUCCCAAAAUCAACGAGCGAUUCGCGAUGUUCGACGUAUAUCCGAAAAUCCGCAAGGGACUAUUUCCUGGGAACAGCGAAUCUUCACUGCCAGGGCAGCAAUAUCGACUUUCGAGAGUACAGGCUUCGUCCGCUUUCCGGAGUAUGCCGCCGACCAGAUCCUCGUUAUCUGUGCCUUGCAGAAAUUAGCAUAUCCCGAGGUAGACAGUGCUGGUGUGGUUGAUAUUUCGGACUGGUGUAUGGCUCAAUGGCUUCUCCUACUCACGAGAAACCCCGAAGACGCAGGCGCCCUUCGAGGCCUUGGCCAAAAUUGGCUCGCCCGGUCGCAGGCUGCCCUUUCGCGAAUACAUCGGCAGGAAGGGGGAUCGUCUAGCGGCAGUAGUGGUCGGCCACUCAGUACGAAUGAUAGGAUCGGAUAUUCGUCGUCGGAAGAGGCUCGAGAAGCCGACCGUGCCAACGUAGAGGCUGACGCUCGGGCGCAUACAGCAGAUUAUGUGGAAGCUCGUGGUAUGCUGAUUCCAGCGGUCGACUUCCUCUCGAGGGCUGUCGAGAUUACUGAAGCGGAUGGGACUUUGACGGGUGACUUGCUUUCAGAGGCCGCAGAGUCGCUGAUGCACCUUGGCAAUGUGACUUACUCUCACAACAAUGAACAAUACUUCACCAGAGCCAUUCGAUAUCUGCGAAGAGCAACCCGGAUGCCGAACUUUCGCCUCUCUCCCUAUUUACAAAGUUAUCUCGACGACUAUGGACGACUGAUCGAUUAGGCAAUCAUGGAGCGCUGGAAAUUCGUCCUUAGGAGUGAUGAUCGCAGUGAUGAUUCGUGGAGUAUCUUAGCUUACAUAAAAUCUGCGCGCUGGCGCGACAGGCCUGUUCCUCUCAUUAAGGAGAAUUGUUUUGUAGAUUUCAACUCUACUGAAAAGUUCCAACUGUUCCCAGGGAAGUACUCUCUGACUCUGCAAGGAUUCAUAGUCUCGGCAUUUGCUCAACUCAUAAAGUCCGAACUUCCAAGAGCACGGAGAGGGACGUUGUUGUUGUUGUUGUGAACUAGAAGCAUGUGGCCUACAGAUUCCGAGGCGGCAAAGAUUACUCGUAAGCGCAGCCAUUGGAUACCUAGGUCCCUUUGCUGACAUAUGUUUGGACUCUGGGGCGGUCUGCUGUCCCCCCAGAUCAUGCAUUAGCAGGCCUUACUAAACGAAAAGGCAGUUCUUUCUUUUUCCUGGACGUCGGCCAAACGGGAUCCUCCUCAAAACAACACGCCUAGAAGGAAAAAAAACAUCCCAGGUUGACCCUGUCAGACCUGGACGCGGAUUUUUACUUAUCCGGAUACGCUAGGGAAACGGAGUGGCGAACGUACCGGCAAGAUAUCGUAGAGUACACAAGCUAAAGUGAUGUGUGUGGAAAGGUCUACGAGGCUGAGUACCAGACAGGGGGUGGGUUGGUGUGUUUCUGAUGAUGAUGAUGGCGGCCUUAGGGCUGAGUUAUCAUCAUUAUCAUCAUUACGUGGCGAAAAUCAUUUGUAUGUACAGAGAGAGUAAAUGCAGAUAUAGACC